AUGGCUUUUGGCGUCCUUGAAAGUAAAGCUCCCGAGCAACCUGCUGGGACUGUCUUCCUCGAAGACUCCCAGGAUGGCAUGCACACGAUCUUGGUGCCUGCACCUUCCAACUCUCUCCAUGAUCCUCUCAACAUGUCGCGAAUCCGAAAGGAGCUCUACUUCUUGACCCUCCUUUUUGGUGCCUGCGUGACUGGCGCUCUUGGUUCUGUUCUCGUCCCAGCUUUCGGCAUUGUGUCGCAGACCUUCCAAACACCUCUCUCCAAUGUGGCCCUCCUCAAUGGAUCCCUCAUCCUGGGCCUCGGCGUGAGCUCAUAUCUUUCAGCAAUCAUCUCAGAUCUCUGGGGUCGCAGAAUCAUUUUCGUCGUGACCUCGGUCCUGCUGGUAGUCUCCAAUAUCUGGGCGGCCGUCUCUCAAGGAUACGAGUCACUCCUGGCAGCCCGUGUAUUCCAGGGACUCGCCAUGGGACCGUGCUUUUCUCUGGCCGGUACUUCUUGCGUGAAUGACGUCUUCUUUCUUCACCAGAGAGGUCGAAGGGUCGGUCUGUGGAACUUUGCCGUCAUUGUGUCCGUCAACAUCGCCCCGGUCAUCAGCGGGUAUCUGAUUGUGGACAUGGGCUGGCGAUGGGCUUUUUGGUUCCUUGCUGUCGCUUUCGCCGUGGGAUUGCUCAUGGUGGUCUCCUUUCUCCCCGAGACCAAAUGGGACAGGGACGAGAUAACAUCGAGUGUUAUUGAACAUGGAAAGUCUGAAGCGGAUGAAACGGCGGAGGCUGCCCCGGUCGAGAUUGCACCAUGGAAGAAUAUCUGUGGAGUCCAACAUCUACAAUUCGCCAGCGCAAAAGAACUACUGCCCAGUCUUGUCAGCCCGAUUCUCAUGCUUCGACAUCCUGCUGUCGUAUGGGGCUGUAUCAUGUGGUCAAUCACCUUUACCUGGGUCAUUGUCCUCGGGACUGUUGCCGACCAGAUCUUUGGCGCUCCACCAUACAGCCUCGACCCAACUCAGGUCGGCCUCGUCAUCGGCAUCGCUCCUCUUGUCGGGUCCGCCCUAGGCACAUUGAUCUCUGGUUGGAUGUCUGAUCUUACUGCUCACUACAUGUCUGCAUUCAACGGAGGUCUGUACGAGCCCGAGUUCCGACUCGUCGUCAUUGUGCCUUCUGCAAUCACCAUGACCGUCGGAGCGUUUGGUCUUGGCGAUGCAAUCGAGCAUGCCAGACCCACGAUGGUUUGUUGCGUCUAUCUGGCCCUGAUCAACUUUGGCGUCGGCGCGGGCUGUACCGGUAUCGUCACGUAUACCAACGAUGUGUGUGUGCGUGCAGGAAGCGCUUUUGGUCUCGCAAUGUUCUUUUGCAUUCGGCCUCAUCUUUAUGCUCAACGAUUAUUAUGCCACCAAAGGCCCGAUGGUCUUUUUCAGUACCUGGGGAGGUCUAACAUUGGGCAUCUGUCUGACCACGGUUCCGCUGUAUGUGUUUGGAAAGAGGAUUCGAAGCUGGAUGGGCCGGUGGUGAGGCACCUUGGGAUCUCUUCCGUGAUGAAAGACUUAAGCGACUCGGGAUACCAAUAG